GCCGGGUGUCCAUGCCCCGGUGCGGAGCCUAGCGCCGAGCGCAGCCCGCGCCCGCUCGCUUCCCAGCCCGCCCGCACCUCGCAGCGCUCGCGCCCCGGCUUCGCGGUGCGCUCCAGACAAGAUGGCGCGGCCGGGUCCGGGAGUGCUCGGGGCCCCGCGCCUCGCGCCUCGCCUUUUGCUCUGGCUGCUGCUGCUGCUACUGCAAUGGUCGGAGUCGGCGGGUGCCCAGGCCGGCUCGCGGGAGCCUUGCGCGGCCGCCUGCACUUGCGCCGGGGACUCGGUGGACUGCAGUGGGCGCGGGCUGGCGACGCUGCCCCGGGACUUGCCCUCCUGGACGCGGAGCCUAAACCUGAGCUAUAACAAACUCUCGGAAAUUGACUCUGAUGGUUUUGAGGACUUGACGAAUCUGCAGGAAGUGUACCUCAAUAACAAUGAGCUGACAGCCAUACCAUCCUUGGGCGCGGCCUCCACGCACGUCGUCUCUCUCUUUCUGCAGCACAACAGAAUCCUCAGUGUGGAUGGACACCAGCUGAAAUCGUACCUGUCCUUGGAAGUGCUGGAUCUGAGUUUGAACAACAUCACGGAAAUCCGGAGCUCGUGUUUCCCGAAUGGCCUUCGUGUAAGGGAGCUCAACUUGGCGAGCAACCGCAUCAGCAGCCUGGAGUCUGGAGCAUUUGAUGGUCUGUCACGGUCGCUGCUGACUCUUCGUCUGAGCAAAAACAGGAUCACCCAGCUUCCUGUGAAAGCAUUCAAGCUACCCAGGCUGACACAACUGGACCUGAAUCGGAAUCGGAUUCGGCUGAUUGAGGGUCUCACAUUCCAGGGGCUCGAUAGCUUGGAGGUGCUGAAGCUUCAACGAAACAACAUCAGCAAGCUGACAGAUGGCGCCUUCUGGGGGCUGUCUAAGAUGCAUGUGCUGCACCUGGAGUACAACAGCCUGGUGGAAGUGAACAGCGGCUCCCUCUAUGGCCUCACAGGCCUGCACCAGCUGCACCUCAGCAACAACUCCAUCUCUCGAAUUCAGCGCGAUGGUUGGAGCUUCUGUCAGAAGCUGCACGAACUGAUUCUGUCUUUCAACAACCUCACACGGCUAGAUGAGGAGAGCCUGGCUGAGUUGAGCAACCUCAGUAUCCUGCGCCUUAGCCACAAUGCCAUCAGCCACAUCGCCGAAGGCGCCUUCAAGGGACUCAAGAAUCUGCGGGUCUUGGACCUGGACCAUAAUGAGAUCUCAGGGACAAUUGAAGAUACCAGUGGUGCAUUCAUGGGGCUCGACAACCUCAGCAAACUAACUCUGUUUGGAAACAAGAUCAAAUCUGUGGCUAAGAGAGCAUUCUCAGGGCUGGAAGGCCUGGAACACCUGAACCUUGGAGAGAAUGCAAUCAGGUCUGUCCAGUUUGAUGCCUUUGCAAAGAUGAAGAAUCUUAAAGAGCUCCACAUCAGCAGUGAGAGCUUCCUGUGUGACUGCCAACUCAAGUGGCUGCCCCCAUGGCUAAUGGACAGGAUGCUACAGACCUUUGUGACAGCCACCUGUGCCCACCCAGAGUCACUGAAGGGCCAGAGCAUUUUCUCAGUGCUGCCAGACAGCUUUGUGUGUGAUGACUUUCCAAAGCCCCAGAUCAUCACCCAGCCUGAGACGACCAUGGCGGUGGUGGGCAAGGACAUCCGUUUUACAUGCUCAGCAGCCAGCAGCAGCAGCUCCCCGAUGACCUUUGCGUGGAAGAAGGACAACGAGGUCCUGGCCAAUGCAGACAUGGAGAACUUUGCACACGUGCGAGCACAGGACGGCGAAGUGAUGGAGUACACCACUAUCCUGCACCUCCGUCAUGUGACAUUUGGACACGAAGGCCGCUACCAGUGUGUCAUCACCAACCACUUUGGCUCCACGUACUCGCACAAGGCCAGGCUUACUGUGAACGUAUUGCCAUCAUUCACCAAAAUUCCCUACGACAUUGCUAUCCGGACUGGCACCACAGCCCGCCUCGAGUGUGCUGCCACGGGCCACCCUAACCCCCAGAUUGCAUGGCAAAAGGAUGGAGGCACUGAUUUCCCUGCAGCUCGUGAGCGACGCAUGCAUGUCAUGCCCGAUGAUGAUGUGUUCUUCAUCACCGAUGUGAAAAUAGACGACAUGGGUGUCUAUAGCUGUACCGCCCAGAACUCAGCUGGCUCUGUUUCAGCAAAUGCUACCCUGACUGUCCUAGAAACUCCGUCCCUGGCAGUGCCUUUGGAAGACCGUGUGGUAACUGUGGGAGAAACAGUGGCCCUCCAGUGCAAAGCAAUGGGGAGUCCCACACCACGCAUCACCUGGCUGAAGGGAGGUCGCCCACUGAGCCUCACCGAGCGGCACCAUUUUACUCCAGGCAACCAGCUGCUGGUUGUUCAGAAUGUGGUAGCAGAGGAUGCCGGCCGGUAUACCUGUGAGAUGUCUAAUCCCCUGGGCACUGAGCGAGCACAUAGCCAACUGAGCAUUCUGCCCACCCCCGGCUGCCGGAAGGAUGGGACCACCAUAGGCAUCUUCACCAUUGCUGUGGUUUGCAGCAUCGUGCUUACCUCGCUGGUGUGGGUGUGCAUCAUCUACCAGACCAGGAAGAAGACUGAGGAGUACAGCGUCACCAACACAGAUGAAACCAUCGUGCCUCCAGAUGUUCCAAGCUACCUCUCCUCUCAGGGAACCCUUUCUGACAGGCAGGAAACUGUGGUCAGGACUGAAGGUGGGCACCAAGCCAGUGGGCACAUUGAAAGCAAUGGUGUGUGCCUGAGAGACUCGAGCCUCUUCCCAGAGGUCGACAUGCAUAGCAUUACAUGCCGGCAGCCCAAGCUGUGUGUUGGAUAUACCAGAGAGCCGUGGAAAGUGAUGGAGAAAGCCGACAGGACCACUGCUCCAUAUACAACAGCACACGGUGGCUCUGCUGUAUGCGGUGACUGCAAUACUGACAUGGACAGUCAGCCUAAGGAACAAGCGUCGAGUGGACAGCCAGAGACACCAAGCAGCCAAGAGCUCAGGCAGCAUAACCAAGACUAUUCUCCAAACCAUCCUUACACUGGGACUGCUGAUGGGAUUCACACCCACUCUGGGGGAUCCCUCUAUCCAAGUAACCAUGACAGAAUACUGCUGUCUUUGAAGAACAAGGCAGCAUCCCCAGAUGGGAAAGAUUCCUCUUGGACUUUAGCCAAGUUACAUGAACCGGACUCCAUAGACCUACAGCCUUCUCCUACGUUAACUUCAGGCAGCCCAGAGCUCCCAGAAGACGCCAUACCUACUGAAGCCCAGCACUUGCUUGUUUCCAAUGGCCACCUCCCCCAGGACUGUGACUCUAGUCCUGAGUCUAUGCCACUGACAGGACAGCUCACUGGGAAACGGAGGGGACCAUUGCUAUUGGCACCGAAAAGCUAGGCUUCAUCUACCUCAUCUCUGUUAAAGCGGUUGCUACAGGAAAGAGGUAGGAGAAGCUGAGGGAAGUUUGUGUCCAGAUGUCACUCUGGACAGUUGUAACUUCUAUGUGGAGUAUCGGUUGGCUAAAGGACUUGGCGUCUGGAGCACAGAAAUGCAAGAGACUAUUUGUGUACAAAAGGCAGGAAAAGUAUUUGAUACCAUUGUACAUAAGAGUUUUCAGAGAGUUCAUAUAUAUUAUAUAUCUUUUACAGAGACUAUUUUAAUCCUUAGCGCAUGGGUCCCGCUUUCAGUGAUAUUUUCACACUAUCUAAUUUUGGAGAGGGUCAGGAAUAGUUCUGGUGCCUUACUGCACAGCUGAAAUUCAGGUAAAACCACAUUAGCUGUUGCUGGUGGUUGGAAAGAAGGGCAUUUUGGCCAUGUGCUCACUUAGAGUCAAGUGCAUUGGCCAGACCUCUGCAGCUGUAGUUCUGGUGGCCUCAUUGUGGAGCCGGGCGCACGUGACACUUGCCUUUCUUCUAGGUUCAGGGUUGUUAAUCUACCAAAAGCUCAGAACAAUUAAGCACUGCCUUUUGUCUGUCUGUGUAACUCACUUGGUACAAGCAAAUGUCUCAUCUGUCUCUUUAAUGGUUCCUUGAAGCUUGUUAAGGCAGAGGCUGCCAGUGUCGGUACACCUGUGGAUUUUCCAAUAGUGCAGUUUAGUUCUGCCAACACAGCAGUGCAGUGGGGCAGAAGUCCAUAUCUAGGGCCAGCUGAUUUCUCUAGAGCAGGCCUGUCCUCAUGUCCCCUUGCAUAGUGAAACUGGGCUUGGACUGUACAAGAUAGAGUCCCAGGCCUGGGUAGGUUUGCACUUUGGGGCCCUGUUGCUAACCAUCUUGUGUGUGCCAAUGCAUAAUUCAGUAAAAAAAAAAUACAUGGAAACAAACUAGGUCCUUAAAAUCCCUGAAAGCUAAGGGGGAGUAUUGACACAGUGAUGGCCUGAGUCCCAGUAUACUGUCAUGUCACAGGUCAUCACUGCCCCAGGACAAAGCACAUUCAGAAGUUUAUUCUCCACAGUUGGCUGAUAAAUGUUACUUCCACAAAAUAUGUGAAUUUGCUGCUUCUGAGAGGCAAUGUGAAAGAGGAAGUAUUACUUUUUAUGUACAGAGUUAUUUAUUUAUAGAAAUUUUGGUACAGUGUACAUUGAAAACAUGUAAGAUAUUGAAGUGUCUAACAAAUGGCAUUAAAGUGUCUUUAAUAAAGGUUCAUUUAUAGAUA